AUGGCACUUCCAACUUCUUUCGCCGAACACAAGGCCUUCUUUAUUGAAAAAGUAAAGGAGUUCAAGCCUGUUUCUGGGAAAUCCAAGAAUGGGAACGAGAGCGAGAUCUCCUCUGACACGAUCAUCUCGGCGAGGAUACGCCCAAUUCUCCCUCACGAGCAGAAGGCUGGCCAUGUCCCCGGCCUGUUCGUUCGUGGUGAUGGAAAUGGGGACGUCGACGUGCAUGAACUUCGGCUCAAGGUCAACGGGCAGCCUGCUUUGAACUCGUCUAGCUUCCUUGUCGACCGAGCAUACGGGCCAGAGAGCACAACCAGAUCGAUGUACGACGAUUUUGUAGCCCCCUUGGUACCGUGGGCAUGGGGCGGUGGUGUUGGAACGUUUUUUGCAUACGGUCAGACUGGAUCGGGCAAGACUUUCACCGUGAAUGAAAUGGAAACCUUCAUAGCAUCGGAUUUGUUAGGCGGAGAGAUCCCCGGGCGACGCAGCGUUCAUAUAUCUGUGUUUGAGCUGGCAGGGAAAGCUGCAUUCGAUCUCCUCAACGACAAGCAUCGGAUCAGCGUCAUGGAAGACUCGUUUGGAGAAACCCAAUUGGUAGGUGUAGUCGAACGCACCCCUUCGACGAUCCAGGAUUUUCUCGACCUCAUCAAGACUAGCAUGUCCUUCCGGACUAGUGCCCCGACUUUGAAAAACGAGGCCUCUUCCCGCUCGCACGCUAUCUGCCGAAUCAGGAUAGAAAACAAGGAUGAUCCGGACUGUCCUGAUGGUCUACUCUUUCUGAUCGAUCUAGCGGGUAGCGAGGCUGCGGCUGAUUCCAAAGAUCACACACCAGAGCGCAUGAAAGAAACAAAGGAUAUCAAUUCCUCUCUUUCAAUGCUCAAGGACUGUAUUCGAGGCCGGGCUACCUGGAACAUCAAUGAGAAUACGGCUUCGGGCACUAGCUCGAAACAUGUCCAUAUCCCGUUCCGUAACACCACGCUCACCAAGGUGCUGAAACAUGUGUUUGACGUCAACAGCCAUCGUUCCUGCAAGACUGCCGUCGUUGCAUGCGUUAGCCCCAGCGCUACUGACGCAAAUCAGGGGAAAAGCUCCCUUCGAUAUGCAGAAAUGCUCAGGGUCCAGGUGCCAAAAUCAAAGCCUGUGGUAUACGAUCCAGCGGUCCCCCGCACCUGGACCAACAAGCAACUGCGGGAAUGGAUUGAGAACAAUUCCGGCUCGCCUCCCGUAGACUCUUCUCAUGUUGCGCCUACUGAGUCCGGAAUGCAGAUAUGCAAGCUACCUAAAGGCGAAUUCGUCUCUCGAUGCUUAAAGACAGACGGAGUACGGCCCGAGCAGGCCAGAGCCUUCUUUGAUAAGAUAUGGCAGCUCCACGUUGACUCCCGUUCUUCGAAGCCUAAAAACGCCACGCCUAGCGAGCCCAAGAAACCUACCACGCCGUUCAAAGAACGCCUCAAGCCUGGGAUGUUUGUGCGCGUUACUCCCCAGUCACCAAACGACCCGAUCCGAUUUCUUAUGUUGCUUGCUCCCGAAGGCGCAUUUGAUCGGACCACGGCUGCUGCCAAGGAGAAUGGCGAUGGCCACGGCUCUAAAUAUAUCUGUGCUGCAGUAGCCCCAUCAAUUAUGAUAGAUGCAUACGAGUUGUAUGUUUCCCAGCAGAGAGUUGUAAAGAUCGAGGAUAUGGAGGCGGAGGUUUUGAUGGAGUAUGAUUCCGCCUUGAGGUACUACUUCAUGACUGUCUAA